CUUGCUCGUACUUUUCACCGCCAGCUGCAACAGAGACGUCGCUCUUUCAGACUCAAACCAGGGCUUCUAGACUGCCAAGAUGCCUGCAAAGCGAAUGCCCCGAGUCUACCUCGUCCGCCACGGCGAGACUGAGUGGUCCUUGAACGGCAGACACACCGGUGUCACUGACAUUCCCCUCACCGCCAACGGUGAGAAAAUGGUCCUUGAAAUGAGUCCCCGGAUGAUUGGCCCUGGAAAACUCAUCAACCCUGCUCAUCUCCGGCACAUCCUCAUCUCCCCACGCCGACGAGCUCAACGAACCGCCCAACUUCUCUUUGGCGAAAACGCACCCCCCGAGUGCAACAUUAUCACCGACCCCGAGGUUGCUGAAUGGGACUAUGGAGCGUACGAGGGAAUGCUUUCCAAGGAUAUCAAAAAGGAAGCGCCCAACUGGAGCAUCUGGGACGACGGCUGCCCGCCCGGUGAGACCCCCGGGGAAUCCCCCGCACAAAUGUCCGCUCGGGUCGACCGUGUCAUCGCCAAAGUCCGAGCUCUCCACGCAGAGGCCGAAAAUGCGGCUGAGAAUGCAGACGAGGUCGACUAUUCCGACGUCAUGAUCUUCUCUCAUGGCCACUUUUCUAGGUGUUUCAUUGCGAGAUGGUGUGACUUGCCCAUCAAGGCUGGCUACCAUUUUGCUGCCGAAGCUGGAGGUCUUGCUGUUUUGGGUUACCAACACAAGUCCCUCAAGGAGCCUUCUCUUCUCGGUCUCAACUGGUACACCGAGGAUGCUCUUGAGCGCCGUUAAAAUGACUCUGCUCUCUACUCAACAGCCAAGUCGAUGGCUGGCAGAAAAGAGGUGAAGACCUCACAGAAGGUCCAAAGAGUGAAUAGAAAUAGCCCGUCAUUAUCUGUAGACCGCGUCAUAAUGAACUAUCGUGUAUGCAACACUACAGCUUGGAGCAGA